AUGGCAGAAGAAGCCCCGCCUCUCCCACCAGGUGGACCUCCAGGCUUUGAAAUGUUCCUAGCAAGCUAUGCAAGAGCCCACGCUAGACUUGCAAGAAGAAAUCCAUCAUUCUGCCUCAAGUGCCCAGUUUGCAAUUUUGAGCACCGUGAAGUUACUGGUCAGCAAACUGGAAAUUUUCAACCACCAACUCAGAACGCUUGUUCCCAUGGUUGUCGAGUGGUUUUUAUGAAGAUGGAGUGUCCCAUUUGUAUCGAAAGCCAAGAUCCUCCUGUAGUGGCCUUUCCCUGUGGCCACGGUGUGUGCAAACCGUGUUUUGAACGGCUCGGUGGUCGCACCGGAGAAGCCUCAAAUCGAGCAAGAGGACGUAAUUUGGAACGAACCAUGAUGGAUAGAGGAUUGGGAUCUUUUUACGAGGAGGACGAUGACGGGUUCCUUCGUCGCGUCCGUGCAGCAAGACCAAGUUUUGGAAACAGAGCAAACCAUCUAGCUGGCGAUGAUGCUGGUUCCAAUCCAUUGGAGAUAGGACAACGAAGGCUAGGACUUGUUGGUGAUCAAGAGUAUCAUGAAAGAAUGUAUUAUCAACGGCUCAUAGAAUCAUCUAGAGCAAGUAGGGAAGAUAGAGCAAUUCCUGCACCUGGUGGCAAUGAUAAUCCUGGAAUUCCUAGCGCGAGAUUUUUGAUACGGCCACCAUAUGCAAGAAGAUACCGAAGGCUGCAACGCCUUGAAGCGUUGGAAGCAUAUAGGGCAAAUAGGGGAGCAUUAGACGCGUAUAGGGCAAAUAGUGCAACUGCAAAUGGGGAAAAUCCAAAUCAAGAUAAUGCUGGUUCCAAUCCUUCUGCUGACAAUCCUGGCAACCAAGAUUCCAAUCCUGGAAACAAUCCCAGUGGAUCGGAAAGGGGGUCUGGAUCGAGGACUAGGAGUCGUCCUUUGAGCCCAGAAUCCCAUUCAAGGGCUGACCGCAUUGUACGAGCUCGUCGCGCCUUUCGAGCCCAAGCGGAGGAGAUGAGGGCGAGGCCGAUCUUUUCACACCGCGAACAAGAAUCUACAUGGGAGGAUUCCUAUCCUGGUAUUAGAUCUCCACGAAUGGUACAAGCUCGGAGACUAGCGAUGAACGAAUUUCUCAGAUCUCACGGUCACAACACUGUUGGCCUCGAUCCCUAUAUUGCAGCUCGUCCAAUCUUGAAUCCACCGGGGAGCUCUCGACCCUUGCAAGCUUCCAAUGCUUCGACCCGAAAUGUUACUUUUCAGAAUCAAGGAUCCAGUGAAAGCAAUGAUGAUGAGAGUUCGGAAUCUUCUUCCGAUUCUUCUGAUGACCUAGUCUUUAUGCCGCCGGACAGGAGACCUGCCAAUAUAUCAAAUUCCGGUGCUGCUGAGGCCGAAGCCAAUCGUGAAAAUGAGGAAGGCGGCGGUUUCUCUUUUGAAGGAAUAUUACCCAUAACUCGCAUACAUCCCCGCAGAAGAGGGCCGAUACCCCACAGAAGACCCAAUAGAAGGCCUGGAAAUAUGUCAAAUCCCGGUCCUGAUGAGGCCGAAGCCGAUCAUGGUGAUGAGGAAGAUGGCGAUUUUUCUGGUGAAGUAGCUUUACAGAUCCGCCGCAUACAUCCCACUAGAAGCUCCUUCAGAAGACCGGUACCCCGCAGAAUGUCCCACAGAAGACCGAUUGAUGUAUCAAAUCCCGAGCCUAAUGAGACUGAAUCCGACAAUGGAGAUGAGCAAGCCGGCGAUGAAGAAAUGAAUGAAGAGAAUGAAGGCAGUGAUGAUGAAGAGGAUGUUGUUCUUGAUUUCUUACGCCGACAGAGGGAACGACGGGUUUCUGUUCGGAAUCGAAUACUCAGUCGUCGCUACGCUGACAUCGAAAAUGAUGCCUCUUCUCGUUUUCGCGGAAUCAGCAAUGCAGAGUUGGUGCGUCGUGCAGAGAUGGUACGUCGGCAAACUGGCCGUGACAAUGGUGGCGGCAGUGGCGCCCACCUUCUAUCAGUGGCUCGCCAUCUUCGCGAAAAUUCCAGAACCGCCAGCAACAAUAACACUAUGGGUGCCCAUGGGCAAGCGGGGCCCCCAGCAGUUCCUCUACCGAUUGAUAACCGCAACAAUGAUAACGACGAUGGCAGCGAGGACGAUUCUGAUUAUAUACAAAGGGCUUCUGUUGCAGCUCGCCCACCAACAAGCAGUGAAGAUUCUCCAAACCGAACUGUCCGCAACAAUGAUAGUGACGAAGAUAGCUCCAGAAAUUUUGCCGCGUAA